AUGUUUGUGCCUGCAGACUGGCUGGCUGCAAACUGUUUGCCUGCAGACUGGCUGGCUGCAGACUGGCUGGCUGCAGACUGGCUGGCUGCAGACUGGCUGGCUGCAGACUGUUUGCCUGCAGACUGGAACUGUUUGCCUGCAGACUGUCUGGCUGCAGACUGUUUGCCUGCAGACUGGCUGCCUGCAGACUGUUUGCCUGCAGACUGUUUGCCUGCAGACUGUUUGCCUGCAGACUGGCUGGCGACAGACUGUUUGCCUGCAGACUGGCUGGCUGCAGACUGUUUGCCUGCAGACUGGCUGGCUGCAGACUGUCUGCCUGCAGACUGGCUGGUGACAGACUGUCUGCCUGCAGACUGUCUGCCUGCAGACUGGCUGCCUGCAGACUGUCUGCCUGCAGACUGUUUGCCUGCAGACUGGCUGCCUGCAGACUGGCUGGCUGCAGACUGUCUGCCUGCAGACUGGCUGGCUGCAGACUGUUUGCCUGCAGACUGUCUGCCUGCAGACUGUCUGCCUGCAGACUGUCUGCCUGCAGACUCUCUGCCUGCAGACUGUCUGCCUGCAGACUGUCUGCCUGCAGACUGGCUGCCUGCAGACUGGCUGGCUGGAGACUGUCUGCCUGCAGACUGUUUGCCUGCAGACUGUUAG